AUGCUGUUUUAUAAAACAAGCAUAUAUGUGACUACGCUUCUGUGCUCCUUACUGCACCCUGUUCUAGGUGUGGAGAUUACAAGAGACGUGGUGUUUAAUGAUCCACUAAUUGAUAUGGAUGUGACAGUGGAUGCCGGUUUUGGCGUUUCGUUCUUGAGUCAGGGAAGUGUACCAAUUUCAAUGAAAAAUAAUGACAUAGCAAACAAUGGUGUAUUUUGUCUGGGGGUAUCUAAAUUUGGGACAAUUUCAUCAGGAACUAUUACGAACAACGGCCAGAUGUUCCUUCAAGCGGAAAAUGUUGGAACAACGCAAGCCUUACAAGCCACAACUUUGAUUAAUAAUAACUUCUUAACUUUUUUUGGAAUGCGUGCCGUUAAUUUAUCAAUAACUGAUAGUUUUGUUAAUAAAGGUCUUAUUUACUUCAAUUAUCCCAAUAAUCCAAUCACCAUUGAGGGGCCCGCCAGUGGAAUUGUUAACGACGGUGUAAUAGAUAUUUACUUUACCGGAUUAGAUACUAUUUCUAUUUCAAGUAUUGUGGGAACAGGUUGUAUAGUUCUAAAUGAAGACAGUGAUCUGAAAUUUGAUGUUUCCAAACCUUUUAAUCAAACAAUAUAUGUCGAGAAUGGUUCGCCAUGGUUUUAUCUUAUCGGUAAACAGUUGCCAGAUUCUAUUCCAGUCCUGAGAGCAGCUAGCUGGCAAAGUGGAGGUAUUUCAAUACUUAUUGGUCCACCCGAUACUGGCGAAGCACCUGCUUUUGAUUAUAACAAUAUCACUGGUAUAGUCAAUAUGACAGUUUCUAGUGGGUCCUACCUUGUCGACAUAGGUCCGAACAUGAAUUCGACGCUUUUCAGGCCAGCAGAAUGCUACCCCAAUCCUACCAUUACCUACCCAUGCCUUGGUAUAAAGGCAGAUACUGAAACUGAAGAACCUUCUAAUUGUAAAACAAAUAUUGACAUAAAUCAAUCAUCAGAUAGCCUCUGUCCUCGCCAGCUAACUCUCCCAGAACCUUUAGCAACGAAGGCAUCGUAUGACGGAAAUACUAUAACCAAAAUAGUUUCCUAUGAAACAACAUUGGCCUCCGAUGGAUUGCCAACCACUAUAAAUACCACUGAAUAUUUUAUUCCAUCAUUCACUUUGCCCUCCCCAUACACUACAACUUCAGUUGAUGGUGGCAAGACUAUCACUGAAGUAGUGAGUUAUUUUACUACCACAGGAUAUCUUCCAAUCUUAACUGAACUGACGACUCUUCCAUACGUGGGAAUCACUACGUCAACUUUUUCAUUUUCAAUUCCACCACCAUACACUAGCACAUUGACAGAGGAUGAUAUGACCGUAUCGGAGAUUGUUUCGUAUUAUUCCACAACAGGUAGUGACGGUAAACCUGCCACGGGGACCACAACUAGUACCCUUACUGCAACGAGCUACAUUACAACCACGGUGACUGACUAUCUGAUGGGUACCACUCAUAUCACGAGGGAUCAUACUUCACAGGGGACCUGGGUCAGCUCAACGACCUAUUCCACGGAAAUUGAGACGUAUAUUAUUAGGACUGCUCCUACUGGAACAGGAAUUGAAACUUUGUCUACAAUUAGCUAA